ACUCAUAAAACAAAUUUAUUCGAGAACACAAACUCUAAAUUACCCUGUUAGAGUUUCGUUCUCGAAUAUACUUCAGCUUCAAUCUCAUAUCCUAUGGCACGAUCUAUCACGAACGCUAAUCUCGUUUCAUCGUUCGUUGCCGAUCAAAUCUCCCUUGUUUGCCGGCGUGGAUACGCGGUGAUAUCAACCGGAAAUGUGUCUGGAAGCUUGAGGGCGAGCGGAGUUGCAAUGAUGAAGAAAGGAGGUGAGGAAUCGAACGUAUCAAAUCCAUGGGUUCCAGAUCCGGUAACUGGCUACUAUAAACCCGAGGGCCAAACAAACCAAGUUGAUGUGGCUGAUCUUCGUGAUCUGCUUCUAAAACAGAAGAAUCGUCGACAAUAAGUUUGUUGGGAAGAUCGAACUAGAUGUUAAACGAUGAAUGUUGGUCAUCUAAGUGACUACACACUAUGGGAUGAUUUAGAAGUGGUUUGGUUGCAACAAAGGAUUUGUUAUGCUUGCAUUGAGGAGAUAUUAUAUAAAUAUGAUGUUAUUAUAUCUUUUUGUUGUUGUGUAUGGUAAUUCUGAUUCUUCUAUUGUUUAUAGUCAAAGUGUUCAAAAUAACAUAUGUGUUGGUAAUCUCAUAUUUAAUUGUAAAACUUUAUUUUAUAAUUAUUUGAUUGUAAAA